AUGUUUUGGCAUAUAUUAGAUAGUAAUGAAAAUAUUGCAACUAUUUUACUAAUCACAUUAUCAAAUUUAGCAUAUCUUUCUAUACAUCUCUUUGAUGCAAAAUUUAAUGAAUUUGAAACGUUUAUUAGAAAAAUCUAUUCAAAAUUAAAAGUUUUGCGUGUUAUUAUUCAAUCUAAAGAUAUUGAUUUUAUUGAUGCUCAUCGAUGGAAACAACUAAUUUUACAAUAUUUACCUCAAUUGGAAAAAUUUUAUUUAUAUUAA